CCUGACAAUUGUUGUAUAUCCAUCUACCCAUCCAGUCGGUUUUACAGCGGCCACUUUCCGUUUGUUUCUCUCGAUUGAAAGGAACUGAAAACACACCGAGACUUUAAAACCAGAAUACUGAACCAUGAUUUUUGUGUACAUUUGUAGUCCCAGCCAAAUGGGUUUAUACUGAUAUUAUUACAAGCAAUUCAAAAUGCCAAACUCCUCCCCUCCACAAAAUUUUGACCAAAAGUUCCUGGUAAAAGAGAAAACAUCCGCUUCUCACCUACUGUCUUUUUUGGGGUUAAACUUCUACCCUGAACAUUUGGUUUUUACCCUGACAAAUACAGUCAAAACAAAGAGGGGUUAAUAAUGAUCCAAGAAAAGUUCCUUGGUUACUGAAAACUGGAGUAGUUUUCUACACACCAAUGCCUACAUACAUGCAAGAAAGCAGCUUUUGAAAACCUGUCCAUCGUGGGGUUGGUUUACCCAAACAUGGUUUAUGGUUUUUUUGCCCAGCAGUUUUCAGAGUGUAGGUCCACCUUUUACUGCCAUAGAUUCAUUAUAUUUACAAUAAAACAGUAAACAACUGCUGUUCAGGUUAACAUGGGUACUCUCCCAAAGAUUGUUAAGGGGGGGGGGAAUUACAAUUAGUAGGCGAGUGGCUGAGUCGAAGAGGAUCCAUGAGUGUGAACUCUCCUCAAUGUUUACAUAGAGGAAGGAUGGCCAUCAUCAGGUUGCUAGACGACCUGUGCAGCAACAGGAAACAGGAUGUUUAAAUAGACACUGGUUGCUUUUUUUUUAACAUUACAGAAGAUCCUAUCUACUAAUGUGACAAACUUCUCGCCAAAUGCUGAGGCGCUUUGUUUGUGAAAGCUAAGCGUUUAGAUAGAGCUGCCACUCCAAAAAAGUCUGUGGGAUUGCCCUGCGCGUUUCUUUUCUUUUCUUUCUUCUCUUUCUACCGUAUCUAAAUAUAAGACGGUGACAAAUAGUGCAAAUAGCCUACAGUAGCAACCCAACUGUGAUGUGGGGGUGGCGCGGCUCUAUCUCCAAAAGUCUCCUCUGUUGGAUCCGGAGUGCGUCAAGAGAAGGUCGCAGAGCGCCUCAGCUGCCGCGCGCGGCCGACUGUCCCCCUUUCAUCUCGUUACCAUGAAGCGACAAAACGCCAGGACGCUCGCCCUCAUCGUCAGCAUCCUCACCUACCUGGUGGUCGGGGCGGCCGUCUUCGAGACCCUGGAGUCCAAGCAGGAGAAAAGUCACAAGAGGAGGCUGGACGCCAGGAAGUACGAACUCAUGCGCAAAUUUAACUUGACCAAAGCGAACUUCGAGGAGCUCGAGCUCGUCGUGUUGCAGCUCAAGCCUCACAAAGCCGGAGUCCAGUGGAAGUUCGCGGGCUCCUUUUACUUCGCCAUCACUGUGAUCACGACCAUAGGUUACGGCCAUGCAGCGCCCAGCACCGACUCAGGGAAGGUGUUCUGCAUGUUCUAUGCCCUGCUUGGGAUCCCGCUCACCCUUGUAAUGUUCCAGAGCCUGGGAGAGCGCAUCAACACGUUCGUCAGAUACCUGCUGCAUCAAGCCAAAAAGUGCCUGGGAAUGCGUCAGACCGAGGUCUCCAUGGCGAACAUGGUGACGGUCGGCUUCUUCUCCUGCUUGAGCACUCUGUGUGUGGGCGGCGCGGCGUUCUCCCACUGCGAGGGAUGGAGUUUCCUGCACGCCUUCUACUACUGCUUCAUCACGCUCACCACCAUCGGUUUUGGAGAUUACGUGGCCCUGCAGAGGGACGACGCGCUGCAGAACGACCCGCGCUACGUGGCUUUCUGCUUCGUCUACAUCCUCAUGGGCCUGACGGUGAUCGGGGCGUUCCUGAAUCUCGUCGUGCUUCGCUUCCUGACCAUGAACACAGAGGACGAGCGGCGGGACGCCAAGCAGAAGGCCUUGAUGACCGUGGGCAAGCCCCGAGGGGAGGUGGCUCGUCUUCUACCGCUCUCGACCUCAACCUCGUCCACCGUCGUAGCCAACAACGCCGCAAAGGCUAAAGAUUUAAAAGGUGCUUACACCGAGGUGUUGCAUUUCCAAACAAUAUGCUCCUGCUUGUGGUACAGAAGCAAAGAGAAGCUGCAGGGCUCCAUACCCACCAUGAUCCCUCAGGAGAUGACUUUCUCGGAUGCCUACUUGCAGCAGAACAGUAACUGUCCUCACUACAUGGAUCCUGGAUCGACAGGCUGUGUGUGCAGUCCACGUCAAUGCACCAGCAUAAGCUCCAUAACAACAGGCCUACACAUUCUGUCUCCAUUCAAUCUGUUUAAAAGACGCAGCUCCGUUUAGCCUUUCACAGCAACUGAUGACAACACUUAACUGCAACUAGAUGUACGUGGUGCUACAAUCCUGGUAUUCCAAGAGUAUAAUGCGCAAAAAAAAA